CUGGACCCGCAUCCCCACGGAGCACCUGCUGCGGGGCUCGCCGCCCCCGCCCCAGCGCCGCUACGGGCACACCAUGGUGGCCUUCGACCGGCACCUCUACGUGUUUGGCGGCGCUGCCGACAACACCCUGCCCAACGAGCUGCACUGCUAUGAUGUGGAUUCCCAGACCUGGGAGGUCAUCCAGCCCAGCCCAGACAGUGAGUUACCCAGUGGGAGACUCUUCCAUGCAGCAGCAGUUAUCUCAGAUGCCAUGUACAUCUUUGGUGGCACAGUGGACAAUAACAUCAGAAGUGGAGAGAUGUACAGGUUCCAGUUUUCUUGUUACCCUAAAUGCACUCUCCAUGAAGACUAUGGAAGGCUGUGGGAAAACAGACAGUUCAGUGACUUGGAGUUUGUUUUGGGAGAGAAGGAGGAGCGAGUCCGAGGGCACACGGCGAUCGUCACCGCUCGCUGCAAGUGGCUGAAAAAGAAAAUCAUGCAGGCCAGGGAGAGGGUGAAACAGAAAUCAAAGCAGGACAUAGAAGAGGAGGGACACAGCACGUGCCCGAAGGAUGGCAUUGGUGGCAAUGUCAGGCUGUGCCGGCUGCAGCCGCUGCUGGAGGUGCCCAUCCGAGAGGCCGAGGCGCAGCCCUUCGAGGUGCUGAUGCAGUUCCUGUACACGGAUAAGAUCAAGUAUCCCCGCAAAGGUCAUGUGCAGGAUGUGUUACUCAUUAUGGAUGUGUACAAGCUGGCCUUAAACUUCAAGCUCUCUCGGCUGGAACAGCUCUGCCUUCAGUACAUUGAAGCAUCUGUGGAUCUGCAGAAUGUGCUCAUUGUGUGUGAGAAUGCUAACAAGCUUCAGCUGGAUCAGCUAAAGGAACACUGCCUGAACUUUGUGGUGAAGGAAUCCCAUUUUAAUCAAGUCAUAAUGAUGAAGGAGUUUGAGCAUCUUUCUUCAUCCCUGAUCGUGGAGAUUGUGCGGAGGAAGCAGCAGCCUCCUGUCCGAACCCACUCUGAGCAGCCCCUGGACAUAGGAACAUCUUUAAUUCAGGACAUGAAGGCUUACCUGGAAGGAGCAGGGACUGAAUUCUGUGAUAUCAUCCUGCUGCUGGACGGGCACCCCCGGGCAGCCCACAAAGCCAUCCUGGCAGCUCGCUCCAGUUACUUUGAAGCCAUGUUCCGUUCAUUCAUGCCAGAAGAUGGGCAAGUGAACAUUUCCAUAGGUGAAAUGGUUCCCAGCAAGCAAGCAUUCGAGUCCAUGCUUAGAUACAUCUACUAUGGAGAAGUGAACAUGCCUCCUGAGGACUCCCUAUACCUCUUUGCAGCACCUUACUAUUAUGGCUUCUACAACAACAGGCUCCAGGCCUACUGUAAGCAGAACCUGGAAAUGAAUGUCACAGUGGAGAAUGUGCUCCAGAUUUUAGAGGCAGCUGACAAGACCCAGGCCCUGGACAUGAAGAGGCACUGCCUGCACAUCAUCGUUCACCAGUUCACCAAGGUCUCCAAGUUGCCAAAUCUCCGCUCGCUCAGUCAGCUCCUCCUCCUUGACAUCAUAGAUUCCUUAGCUACCCACAUCUCAGACAAGCAGUGUGCAGAGCUGAGUGCAGACAUAUGACAUGCCUUGGGAAACCACCUUCUCAUUUGUUCCUGAAAAACACUGGCACUUUAGAGCUGGCUCUGGUUUACUGCUGUGUAUGGAGCAGCUCUGUCUGCACACUACAGCAGCCCUGGAGGAGCAGGGACAGCUGAGGUGCUCUCUGGAUUCGCUGGGUUUGUACCUUUGUGCAGCACUUGGACUUUGUUACAUUUGUUACCCAAAUGCAGACUUGAAAUCAUUGCAGGCCUGAAUUAAUUCCACAUGGUUUGGGGAGUUCAUAAUCAAGCCCAUUAUUACUUUCAUACUGUAAAAUCAAGCAGUCAUGAGUAAGAGUCACUAAUCCUUUGAAAUACAAUAUUUAAAGAAUACUAUUUAAAGAGCUUCAGCUGACCCAGCCCAAGGGCUGUGAGGGGAAGUCACAAUGAAACUGGGAACAAGAGCACGUGGUGUUCACAGGGAGACUGGCCCUUGGACCAGAAUGUGGUGACUUUUCAAAGACUCCAUGGUGUGGAUUAACAGCUAAGCCCCUGUGCAGCUGCCUGGAUUGGUGGGCUUCCUGAAUCCAGACCUAUGCUCUGAAGCAGGUCAGACUGGAAGAUUACAGCAGUCCUCUCUGACCACCAAAUCCAUUAAUCCUGUCUUGCUAAGCCUUUCUAAAUCUAUUUAUUAAUAAAGAAUUAACAUCUUCUCCUGGCAUUUCA